UCUUUUCGCUGUUCGCAACGAAGAGAGAACCCGACAUAGCUGAAAAUCUCGUUUGAGAGAAUAUAAAUACAUUAUUAGAAUCGAAAAACAAAUUGACAGGAGCUUUAAUUCACACAUUUAUUGCAAGUAUAAUCGGCGCAUAUUGUAUUUUUUUUAAGAGCGUUAGUUUUCUGUUUUAAUAAGCAUUAACUUACACAGCAAGCUAAGUUAGCUAGCUAGCUAACUUUUCAUAGGUUUUGAAUCACAUGCGCGAGUAGCUGAGCUACGUUAUCAAGUAGACGUUCGUUUUUUUUUAAAUAGCUAGCUAUCUCUAAAUAUUAUCCAGUCGUCAUUUGGUUGCAGUGUAUAUUAUUUUUGAGAUUUUAGGAAUACACCACACACGUCGUUUAUGGGAUCAUCAUGUCAAUGAAGCAGGCCGGUGGUAAUCGCAAACCCGGCAGUGGUGCUGGCUCCUCUGGUGCCGGGGGAAGUGGCGGACGACAGAAUUUGGGCAGGUCUGUGAUUUAUUCAGUCGACAUUUUAACUAACAAAUAUUAUCAUUAUGAUGCCAACGUUCUGAAAUUAUCAUUCGCUAACUACGCUCUUAAUUACAGAAGUUGACAUUUCCACGAUAAGUGUCAAAACGUGUGUGGUGUUGGCCUGACUGCUAAACUAACCAUACGUCGUUGGUGGUGGGGCAAGUUUCAGGCCAGCUAGUUAGCAAAUUGGUCCAUACUAUUCGGGAUCCUUGUGAUGUCCCUACCCUAACCGUAACCCUUACUGUAACCUUUUUACAUUUCAACGGGUAAGGGACGUCUCAAGGAUCCCGGAUAGCACGGACCCUAGCAAAUUAGGCCUAAGAAUGAUGCUGGACACGGUCUCGUAGUACUGAAUGUUCGAGCAGUAAUGCGGUACUUAGCUAGCUAGCUAGUUUUCGUUUGGUAGUUCCAUCUCUGUUUAUGUUAGUGGUUAGUAUUGAGAGCAUAGCUAGCUAGCAGUGGUUUGUAUCCUGUGCCACUGGCUUUGAUGGAUUAUCCUGUCAAGAGGAUGCAUAAGCAACUAGAAAUCAAACGUGUAGCUAGCUAGAUAUACCUUCUUCACUAGAAUUAGCUAGGUUACUACUCUGUUAACGCUUUCUAUCGUUAAUUCGUGUAAUUAAUGCCAUCAUUGCAUCAGCGUCAAAUGGAUAAGUCAGUAUAGUAAAGGUGGGCAGGACAUCACCACACAGCGUUUUGCCUUUAAUUCUUGUUGCGAGAUGGAAGUUAUGACACUGACGAUUGCAAGUCAAUAUUGCCAAACUAGUUUGUUACCUUCUUGUUUUGGAGUCACAGCAACAAUGUUGCAAUCAUUUUAAAGUUGUACGUGUGUGCAAGUCUGUAAAAGAAAAGGGGGUUUGUGGUGAAGAUAUAAUUUAGAGACCGACGGCCUUUCAACCUUGACGUUUUAGUUGCUGCAUGUGUAAAAUUGUGCCCUUGAAACAUGACUUCUGUAAGUACUACCGUUAACUUGAUGGGCUGUAUUUCAGCAACAUUUCAGUCUAUUUUGAUAGCAAACUAUUUUGAAGGUAGGGACAGUACGUACUAGCGUUACAUAUGUGUUUUUUGUCUAACAACAAUAGUCAUAUUCCACACGUCGGAAUCCUGAGCCAUGCAUUAUAGACAUUAAAACCAGCCAUGCAGAUAUAAACUCUGUCAUCAUAUGGGCCAGGGGGGCAAACUGAAAUUAUUUCAGUAAUGUAUUUCCUAAUCCAGAAGUAAAUUAUUGUGUGGGGAAAGCGAAGUAUCCACUGCACAGCUAGUGAAAAUAUCUAGCCGGUCAUAUUUCUAGUGAAAUUUACCCAUAUGAUUCUUUAUCGCUACAGGGCAUGCGAGGUAAAACUCAUUAAAGAUGCUUAGUGUUUAUUUGACUGUGGAAAGACUCAUCAUACACUGCAUUUAUAUAUUUCGUUUGCUUCACAGAAUCAGCAAUGAGUAGGCGCUAUUGCUGUCAUUUUGAGGAUUAUAAUGAUAAUAUUGACUAUGAUUUUUUUUGUCUUUAAGGGGAAGGCUUAGUGUCAAAGGACCUUCAGCAGCGGUAAGUUAAUGGUUUCAUUAUUUAUCAUUGUUUGAUUUAGAUUUUUCAGUCCCAUUAUUUGAAUUAGGCUUGUGAUGUUGGCAGCUAAUUAUGUUUUGUGUCACUAUCUAGGCUAUCAUAUUUACUAUUGUUUUUUUUAUUUAUGGGAGAAAAACCCCCCAGAAUACUGGUACACAGUUGUCUGUUUGUCACAGGCUUCUUUGUCCACAAUAUUUUAACUUUUUCUUUGAUGGCGCUAUUUUGCCAUGGGCUCUCAGGUUUGAAUUGCAUUAUCAAUAUUUUGUCUUUCAGGUUGUCUGUAAUGGUGUAUAUGCAAACAUGAGGAUGGUCCAUGUCUUGACAUCAGUAGUGGUAUGUUCCCACCUCCUGUUAUUAUCCUUAGUUCCCCGAUCACUUGAUGCAUUAAGGCUUGCAACAGCAAUUUGUUUUUGAAUUGAAACUAAUUGAGAACUGAUCUCUAGACUGAGGUAGCAGAGCAAGGUACUGUGUAUGUUGGUUGUGUCCCCACUCCCCAAAGCAGGGGAAAUACUGGACAAAGCUUUUUUUGGUUAACGUCACUGGAAAGCUGAUGACGGCACACUACAAAGAGCUGUCGACUUGUUGAAGCAUAUCAAGCAAGCAACUGUGACCUGUACCUCAUGUUGUUUUCCCAAAAACCUUCACUUGCGAUAAUUAAGCCAUGUGUGAUUGACAGAUUAUGUUUUAAUUAAGAGGCAUAUGUUUUUAGGAGUGAACUCUUUGUUUAAAUGUGUUGUUCAGUCUGCCAAUGGAGAUACUUCCUAGCAGCAAGUCAAUGGUCUUAGUUGAGUGAAACAUAACCGCACAACUCGUGUGUAUGACGAUGAUGACUGAGUGAAAUAUUUUUUCCCCCUCAUUUGCAGGGAACCAAUUGUGAACUGAAAGUAAAAAGUGGAAUCGUUUAUGACGGAGUGUUUAAAACAUACAGCCCAGAGGUAAGGACAAGGAUCAUGUAAAGCAAUGUCAAAGCCACGUUUUUCCGAUUGGGUGACAAUAAGUAAAUUAAUUAUUGUGGCUAGAGCUGUGUUGUAUGACCUGGUCUUUUGUAGCUCAGUUGGUAGAGCAUGGUGCUUGUAGCUCCAGGGUAGUGGGUUCGAUUCCCAGGACCACCCAUAUGUAAAAUGUAAGCACGCAUGACUGUACGUUGCUUUUGGUAAAAGCGUCUGCUAAAUUAUUAUUAUAUUACCUGAGGCCCAGCAUAUUCAAUCUUCCUUGGUAACAUAAUAGGAGGGUUACACAAAUAAGUGUGCCUUGCAUGCAACAUACGGUUCAAGUUUAACAGCCUUGUUGUCCAUUUAUUUAAGGUAAAUGUAUUGCAUGGCUCAGUUAAUGACGCAGUGUUCAUAAUCUCACAUCGCACACAUAAAACCCAAAUAAAUAUAAAAUAGAACCAUGUAUUCCCGUCAGGGAGUAGGCUAACCUAAGCGUUUACAGCAAGAGUUGAUGGAGCUCUCUACUUCACCACUCUUUGUCCCCCCCAGUGUGACCUGGUUCUGGAUGCGGCCCACAGAAAGAGUCCUGGGUCCAGCGUAGGCCUGCGACAGGAAGACCUCGUGGAGAGCAUCAUCUUCAAGGCUUCCGACGUGGUGGUGGUGCAUUUCAGAGACGUGGACUUCAAUUUUGCCAGAAAAGGUACAGCCUACUGUUAAAUAUAGGUUAAAUAAAAAUGCAAUCAAAUACUGUCAAGACCUAUACACUCCAGAUUGUAACUGGCCCCUUAAAGACAUAGCUACACCUACUAAGUUUACUUUAGUUGGCUGGAUGCACAAGUAAAUGCUUAUUUAUUGGCCAAUACAAAGAUUGCCCAUCCCUCCUAUGUGAAUUGUUGUCAUGUCAUAGAAGCAGAGCCAAGGACUAGAUCAUGUGCUUGAAUGCUCCCUCUGUGGCCAGUCAUUGAGUAAUAAUGUGAAAUAUUGAUUGCUCCGAAUGUCUCCCAGGCACUGCAGGGGUACUCAAUAAGGCUGAGUAAAUCCAAUACAUCUAUAUUCCCUCUAAACCUGUCAGGACCCAUACGCUCCACAGUGAGCUACAAUAGACUUUCUAGGAGUUAGUAUUGUAAUCAAAUCAACUAGUGAAGUGGCACUGUGUGAAGUAGAGAUGGGUUAGAUCAGGGCUUCCCCACAGCCAAUCCUGAAGCAUCCCUGGGUGUCCAGGUUCUUGUUGUAGCCAACCCAGUUUCUAGCUGACAAAUAGGGAAGGCCAUGUGUAAAAUGCAUACAGUAUCUCCAAAAUGUCAUUGCCAUAUAUUGCACUGGGCUAAGUCUCAGCUAGUGCAUCGGCAACCCAUUUGUGUUGUAGAGGAAAGAAAUGUAGCUGUGUGGUUGGCAUGGAAACAUAAAUAUAUACACAGUGGUGCUUCAGGAAAGAGGUUGGGAACCCCAGAGUUAGGCUACCUGUCUUCUCUCAACUGACUCUCUCUUCCAUGUGUUUCUCUUCAAAUGGGUGUAGUCUCUACUGACACAGGUAAUAUGCUGUUUUCUGCUCUUGCACCUUUUUUUUUUUUGGUUGACACAUACACAUGUUGAUUUUGAUGGUAAGGGACUAAACAGUAAGACCUCAAAAGAUUUGAGGAAAUUCAGUGUAAGGGUCCUCUGUAGAGCAUGGCUCUUGCAACGGCCAGGAGAGUGGGUUCGAUUCCCAGGACCACCCAUACACAAUGUUCCCUCUAAGCUGCUCCCCGGGACUGCCGCACAGAACAAAUAUCAGCCCGCGCAGAGAAGCACAAGAUUGAACGUCACUCAACUUUCUAGAGUUUUAGUUAACACUAUCAACAUUUCCCUUUACUGUGGGAAUUGUGAUCGAAUCAAUGCAAUAUUAGCCGCUUUCAAUGCAACAUACCGAAACACAACAAACUAUGUGAGACUUGGUAUGCAAAACGAACUAUGCAAGAUAUUUUGUUGUAGGCAGAACGCAUCAGAGUAGGAUUCUAUUGCAUUGACACGCACGACUCAGCCCGUACUCUACACAGACCGUUGCGGCAUAACCAAUCGGAGCUGCAGUAGGCCUAUAUGCAAAUAGACCAUUGCUAUAUGGAUCUGUGCAAUUCACUUUGAACUGGACUGUGUUUACAGCAUGAGCGGUCAUGAGUAGAUGUGCUUGUUUUGAGAUCAAAGCGAGGGCUGCAUGUCGCCACGUGUGCACAUUUGUUCAUAUCCUUUGCUAGUUAGUGAGGUAUUACCCCAGUUAUAGAUCAUUUGUAGUCAGCAAUGGAGUGAUUGCUUCCUACAAGAGCACAAAACGUGUACAUUUCUAGACAUCUUUGAAAAGCAAGUUGGCUAAAGAGCAUUUUUUUUUGUCUUAAAGGGGCAGUGUUGUACACUGCUCAAAAAAAUAAAGGGAACACUUAAAUAACACAAUGUAACUCCAAGUCAAUCACACUUCUGUGAAAUCAAACUGUCCACUUAGGAAGCAACACUGAUUGACAAUAAAUUUCACAUGCUGUUGUGCAAAUGGAAUAGACAACAGGUGGAAAUUAUAGGCAAUUAGCAAGACACCCCCAAUAAAGGACUGGUUUUGCAGGUGGUGACCACAGACCACUUCUCAGUUCCUAUGCUUCCUGGCUGAUGUUUUGGUCACUUUUGAAUGCUGGCGGUGCUUUCACUCUAGUGGUAGCAUGAGACGGAGUCUACAACCCACACAAGUGGCUCAGGUAGUGCAGCUCAUCCAGGAUGGCACAUCAAUGCGAGCUGUGGCAAGAAGGUUUGCUGUGUCUGUCAGCAUAGUGUCCAGAGCAUGGAGGCGCUACAAGGAGGCAGGCCAGUACAUCAGGAGACAUGAAGGAGGCCGUAGGAGGGCAACAACCCAGCAGCAGGACUGCUACCUCCGCCUUUGUGCAAUGAGGAGCAGGAGGAGCACUGCCAGAGCCCUGCAAAAUGACCUCCAGCAGGCCACAAAUGUGCAUGUGUCUGCUCAAACGGUCAGAAACAGACUCCAUGAGGGUGGUAUGAGGGCCCGACAUCCACAGGAGGGGGUUGUGGUUACAGCCCAACACCGUGCAGGACGUUUGGCAUUUGCCAGAGAACACCAAGAUUGGCAAAUUCACCACUGGCGCCCUGUGCUCUUCACAGAUGAAAGCAGGUUCACACUGAGCACAUGUGACAGAACGUUCUGCUGCCUGCAACAUCUCCAGCAUGACUGGUUUGGCGGUGGGUCAGUCAUGGUGUGGGGUGGCAUUUCUUUGGGGAGCCGCACAGCCCUCAUGUGCUCGCCAGAGGUAGCCUGACUGCCAUUAGGUACCGAGAUGAGAUCCUCAGACCCCUUGUGAGACCAUAUGCUGGUGCGGUUGGCCCUGGGUUCCUCUUAAUGCAAGACAAUGCUAGACCUCAUGUGGCUGGAGUAUGUCAGCAGUUCCUGCAAGAGGAAGGCAUUGAUGCUAUGGACUGGCCCGCCCGUUCCCCAGACCUGAAUCCAAUUGAGCACAUCUGGGACAUCAUGUCUCGCUCCAUCCACCAACGCCACGUUGCACCACAGACUGUCCAGGAGUUGGCGGAUGCUUUAGUCCAGGUCUGGGAGGAGAUCCCUCAGGAGACCAUCCACCACCUCAUCAGGAGCAUGCCCAGGCGUUGUAGGGAGGUCAUACAGGCACGUGGAGGCCACACACACUACUGAGCCUCAUUUUGACUUGUUUUAAGGACAUUACAUCAAAGUUGGAUCAGCCUGUAGUGUGGUUUUCCACUUUAAAUUUGAGGGUGACUCCAAAUCCAGACCUCCAUGGGUUGAUACAUUUGAUUUCCAUUGAUAAUUUUUGUGUGAUUUUGUUGUCCGCACAUUCAACUAUGGAAAGAAAAAAGUAUUUAAUAAGAUUAUUUCAUUCAUUCAGAUCUAGGAUGUGUUAUUUUAGUGUUCCCUUUAUUUUUUUGAGCAGUGUAUUUUGAGACGUCUUGAAUAAGCUAAGUAGCCAACAGGCAGAGGGCAGCAUCAUUUGUCUGAUUCUCUAUAAUAAUGGUAUGGGAACAAUAAUGCAUUUUAUUUUGUAAAGUGGUUUCUUGCAUCAAACAACACAUUUUCAGUCAACUUGUCUGAAGGACAAGUGGAUAAGCAGGUUAAUGUCAAGCUCUGCAUGUUUUUUUCAAAAGUCUCAUGGAAUGUAGGCCUACAUUGAACACCACACAUUGGCUGCUACUGUAGGCUGAAUGAUAGAACAGCUAUUUCCAUGUUAAAAUGUUAUGGGAUGCAUUCUCUCCACUCUGGUAGGCCUACAUUAUGAUCAAAUAGCCACAGUAGCCUACUUGAACACUGUCUGAAACUAACUCACAGUUCACAGUAAACUCGCACUGGAAGUUGCACAGAAUUUUCACAACAUUCAAGUUUGCGCUCUGCAGACCUGAAAUGUGUCAACAUUUUUUUAAACUAAGUUUCUUUGGAUAAAAGCGUCUGCUAGAUGGCAUAUAUUAUAAGGGUCAAUCCUCAUAUAGGGCUUGUUUCAACCAGACCCCUUGUCAGAAGCAUGUAUUUUAAUGGAGGACCCAUCCAAAUGUCUUGAUUCUCUAAAGAGCUUUAUUGUCUAAGAAAAGCGAGAGCGGGUGAUUUCAGAAACUAAGUGAUGUGGUUGAAUCUAUUGAAUAAAUGCAACUGAAACACAUAAGUAAUUACACAGCUCUGCAACACAAAGAUUAUGUAUUGUGCUGAAAUGACAUUCUCAUCUGAUCUCGCGUAUAAAAAGGACUUGUGCAGUCUCAAAUAUUCCUUUUUAUAAUUAAAUCAUUCUGCCUGAUCACAUUUCCAGGCAGACCAGAAGUCAUAUUUUUCAUGUUAUGACUGCAAUCUAAGUGCAUGUUAUUUAUAUAUAUAUAUUUGCUUACCAUAAUUGAUUUCUGUACUCAUUCUCCCUAAUGUCAACCCUAUGAUUCUGCUACUUCUGUGUUGUGACCGUCUCUAAUGGUUAGCCUGACAUGAUCACUGCCAAAGCAAAGAGUGCACCUGGCUCUUAGAACGUCAGGUCAUGUGCUGUGUCUGUGUUACCUCGACACCUGCACAGUCAACAUUUACCUGUGCGUGUGCCUGCUCUCGUGUCUGUGUGACCCCCUCAGUGUUUGCAUGCAUGUCUGCUAAAUAUUAAUGUGUGUGUUAUAAUGUGUAGAUAACUUCACGGACACUGCAGUGGGCGGCAGAAUCAACGGGGAACACAAGGAGAAGGACCUGGAGCCGUGGGAUGGAGGGCGGCAGCAGCACGUGGUCUCAGGCAGCCUGGAGUCUCUGGACACAGACGUGGUAUUGCUUUCAAUUUAGUGCUCUGCAUGGACUGUAUCUGCUGCUGUGGGUGAAGUUGCCCCUAGACGCUGAUCUGGGAAUCAAUUUGGUAUUUUACACACUAAUGGUUAAAGGGAUACUUUGGGAUUUUGGCAAUGAGGUCCUUUGUCUACUUCCCCAGAGUCAGAUGAACUCCUUAUGUCUGUGUCCAGUAUGAAGGAAAUUGGAGGUAGUUUUGCCAGCCAAUGCUAACUAGCGUUAGCGCAAUGACUGGAAGUCUAUGGUAGCAUCUGACUCUGGGGAAGUAGAUCAAUCCUGAAGUUUCCCUUUAAGGUUAGGAUUGAGGGAGGGGAAGCUGAUCCUAGAUCUGGAGCUAGGCGAAACUUCACCCGGAGCAUCUGCUGCUCUUCCACUCAGUUUAUAUAAUCUGACCAAAAGCCUCUGUCUCUCUGUCUCUCUGCCUCUCUCUCUGCCUCUCUCUCUGUCUCUCUGCCUCUCUCUCUGUCUCUCUGCCUCUCUCUCGCUCUCUGCCUCUCUCGCUCUCUGCCUCUCUCUCGCUCUCUGCCUCUCUGCCUCUCUCUCGCUCUCUGCCUCGCUCUCUGCCUCUCUGCCUCGCUCUCUGCCUCUCUCUCUCUCUCUCUCUCUCUCUCUCUCUCUGCCUCUCUCUCUCUCGCUCUGCCUCUCUCUCUCUUUCUUUCUCUCUAGUCAAAUGGCUGGGACCCGAGUGACAUGUUCAAGUACAACGAAGAGCAGUAUGGCAUCAAGUCGACCUACGACAGCAGCCUGUCCACCUACACGUAAGUAGCUCCCACCUCUCUUCCUACAGGCACGGCCAGGUUUAUCAAGGAGGAACUCUCCUCAUCCACUACCAAUGUGUAGCACCCACCUUGCUUUGGGGACAGGGAUGUGUGUGUGUGUCUAAGGUUUGCCCUAUGCUGUGCUCCACCAUGCAGGGUUGCCCUGGAGCGGGAUAACUCUGAGGAGUUUCUGAAGCGGGAGGCGCGGGCAGCCCAACUGGCGGAGGAGAUCGAGGCCAGCUCCACCUACAAGUCCCGCGUGGCCCUGGAGAAUGAGGAGCGCAGCGAGGAGGAGAAGUACACCGCUGUGGUGCGCGGAGAGAGGGAGCAGCACACACUCAACAGGUGGGUCUCUGAGGGGAUGAUUAGUUGAUGCUAGCGUCGAUAAAUCGAAUGUUCGUCUGUCACUCGCAUCCAUGUUCAGCUGCGACUCGCCUCUUUCAUCACGCAUGGCCAACAUACUGGCAUACUGCAGUGUCUUCAAGCUCUCGUUCAAUUGUGGACAUUGCAGAGGCAGGCUGUUUGCAGGAUUCCACCACCAAUUCAAACGUCUGGUUUGACAUUGUGGUAGUUGCAUUCGUAUUUAACUUGUUCUCCUGAUCUCUCCAUAGAGAAAACAAGUACAUUCCCCCGGGUCAGAGGAACAGAGAGGGGAUGUCUUGGGGAGCGGGUCGUCAGAACUCCCCCAGGUUGGCCCAGAGCAGCAGCGGGCCUCCCCGGCCAGGUCUCCACGACUACAGCCCCAGCUCUGGAGCCGACCAGCGGGUUGUCAACGGCGGUAAGGACCCCCGGCACCCUGGUUCAUCCUGGAGCAUGGAACAAUAUCAAAUCAAAUUGUAUUUGUCACAUGCCCUAUUCAUACGGGACUAGUAUUACUAGAGAACGUUGGUUAUGUAAUUAUUACCCCAGAAUGUCUGUUAUUCCAGAGAACGAUUCGUACGGGAUUAGUGUUUUCCAAACUGCCCGCUGUAAUUCUUAUGACUGAAGGCUGGAGUUUUUUUUUUUCUAGGCGUGAAGAUAUUUCAAGAAGUCCAGGCGACAACAGGCUACACUGAUAACUUGAGUUUGGUUUCUAAACCAUACUAAACGAUCUUUGGUAUAGUGUCACCAUAAUAUUUGAAUUGAGGAAGUGUGAUCAUAAGGAUUAGGAUAUUUCACGUCCUAAAUGACCCCAGCCUUCAGGUGGGAGCUAAACAAUGCACUUGCACUUGAGAUGCGUUUUAAGGCUAUGGAUGAGAAAGUGAACUUGUCAUUUCAAAACGUUUAGGUCCGUUGUAUGCUGCUUUGCCAUCUAUUAACAGCAAGGGUUGCAUUAAAUAGGCUAUAUGUUUUAUUACUGAUGCAUUUGGCCAAUAUUCAAUUCAUACACACAACAUAUAAAGAAAAGCAAUCACUGUGGAAGUUGAUAAAUGUAGGCCAUUCAUAUAUAUCUUAUGCGCAGCACUUAGUUCAAAUUAUCCAAUCAGUUAUUGUUUUCUUGCUCAAACCGCGAGCAACACCUGUCAAACUCUGACAUUUCUCUGAAAACACAGCGAUGUCGAUUCGCACGGGACUAGUAUUAUCAGAGGACCUUGGAGUUCGCCAAAAAACAGUAGGAUAUUCUGGCUGGAAUUGUUACUGUCCUGCCAUGUCAGAUUCGGACGGGACUAAAAUGACGGUGUUUUGUGCUUGUGCACAUAAUUCCAUUACCCAACUUCCCCCCAGUAAAACUAGGGCUUAACAGUGAAACGCUUACACUGCACAAUGACUGAAUGAGAAGGCACUAUUGUCAAACCCAGAGGAUGUCUCCGUGUCAGAUCACCCUAAAUGGGUUGUUACAGGCAUCCUGUAGAGAUCCGUUGUGUGGACAUCGCUUUGGCUGUUUUUUAUCCUGAAUUGACCCAAUCCCUAGUUUUGUUUUCAACCUCCUUCUUUUUAGUUAAGCUGUAUGCUCAUGGAGUAGGUUUGUAUUGUAACUUCUAACUGGUCUUUAGACUACAACUGUAGGAUCACCUGUAGGAUUUGUUAGUCUGACACAGAUUAAGGCUAUGCCUAGUCCUGGAUUAUCUCCAUGGAUUGUGUUUUUUAGUCCAGGCCAAUGUUUGAAACUGGCCGUAGUGAGUUUGGGCUUGAGUUUCAGACACUAGUACUCUGUAAGGAUCAUGUAAUCAUUCUCAUCCCCAAAACAUCAUUGCGUGUUUCUCUCUCUACAUUAACAAUUUGAAUGUCAAUUCAGUUUAAUUUCCUGAGUUGUCAUCUUGUUCUGCGUCUUAACUUUCUUUUACCCUUUUCAAGUUUAUUCUUCACUAUGCUGUUUAUAUCCCUCUCAAGCUGCUGACCCCCUCUCCUCCUCCUGCCUUUUCCUCGUGUACCCAUUCCUCCUCUUUACCCCUCUCACCUUAUUAUUAGUCCUCUUUCUGUCCUUGCUCCCUCUUGUUUCCCCUUAUUUCUCCUCCUCUGUUCAUUCUCAUUUGUCCUUAUCAGGUGCCACCUCCUGCCCAUCGCCCUCCUCCCGCUACCAGUCAGGCCCCUCCCCUCUCCCACCCAGGGCGGCCACGCCCACCCGGCCUCCCUCCAGACCCCCCUCGCGGCCCUCCCGGCCCCCGUCUCACCCCUCUGCUCACGGCUCUCCAGCUCCCAUCUCCACUAUGCCCAGUAGACGCAUGUCCUCCGAAGGUAGCUACCUCCCUCGUAACAAAGUGGUGAACACACAGAGCCAAGUGCACCGCUGGGCUCGCUGUGCUGCUGAUGUCUCACUAAUGUCCUGCUACAAGACGCUGCUUUUGAAUUGAGUAGCAGCUUUGGACUUUCUUCGUUGCCCUACCUCCACUUUCCUCCUCUCUCUCGCUCCUGCUCUCUCGAUCUCUCUCUUUUCUCCCCCCCCUCUCUCUCUCUCUCGCGCUCCUCAACUUGCACACAUUGCAUUGUGGUGUGUAUUGUGUGGUGUUGGUCACUCAUGGCAGUCACUCUCUCCAGUAACACUCCCAUGGUGUUGCAUUGUGGUGUGUAUUGUGUGGUGUUGGUCACUCAUGGCAGUCACUCUCUCCAGUAACACUCCCAUGGUGUUGCAUUGAAACCAGGAGGCACUGGUCAAAGGCUUGUCACAGACUUGAGUGCCUAUGUCCACUGGGUGCAUGGAUGUAUUGGUGAAGGAAAGAUGGUGUAUGUAUUCAUGCCGUUUUUCAUCGACAUUCCUCAAUCAUUUUGUAGUGUCUUCUGUGGUAAGUAGCUGUUAGUGCAGUCCACCUAGCAGCAUAUCGUUUGUGGUACUAGUGGCUGAUAACAGUCCCUACCUGGGCUCCUUCUAGAUAAAUGAUGUGAUGUCUCACAACCAUCUCUCUCCCUCCAGGCCCUCCCAGGAUGUCCCCAAAGACACAGCGUACCCCCCGCACCCACAGAGUUCCCCCCGGGAGUAGAGUUCCCCCGGGAGGUGACUUCAUGUCCCAUAAUGCUCCAGGAGAGGUACCGGUGCCCCCGGCUACCCGCAGCAGCUCAUCUGGUGGCACCUGGUCUUCGGUGGUCAGCGGAGGUAAGAAACUCCAAUCUGUCCUGCAGGACUGGGAUGGAAAUGACACCUGGCAAAAUUGCUUGGAUUGUUACUCAAAUAGCCACUGUGUGGUCGUAUUACAUAGACAGAUGGUAUGCCUAGGGUUGUGGUGGUCAUAAAAUUGUCAGCCGUUAAUUGUCACGCAAAUGACUGCCGGUCUCAAGGCAACAUGUUUAGCAUCUCAGGUUCCAUGCAUAAAAGCUGCUGAUGCGCGCCUUUGGAACAUCCACAUUUUAUAAAUCAAUUUAAUAUAGCCUACAUCGUCACAAUAACAUGAAUUAUUUAGUUGUGAUAGGCCUAUUAAACCUGGGAAUGUCUUUGAAAUCAAAACAUAAGGGUUGCAAGAUGAGACUCUGUUGAUGAUUUGGAAACAUACGCAAAAAAACGUCAUGCCCUCUCAUCCUUCCCUCGGAGAGACAAUUGCUUUGCUGAUCUGCUUGUGUGACUAGCAAGUUAGGGGAUAUCUAAUCAAUGGAAGAUGGCAUUAAAAUGACAGAAUUAAAAGUGAAAUGAGAAAGGCUACAAUGACUAAAAGCCAACAGGUAGGCUGCUAUUUAGGCUAUAAUCUGAAUGGAGUUGUGAUGUGUAGGCUAAAUGUAGGAUGGUGAGAAGCGAAGUAACGUUAUGGCUAGCCUCAAUUGGCCAAGUUGGCUAUCUUCUCUCGGUUUGAUGUUAUCGGAUUGGAUGAUAACUAGCAAGAAGUUAGUUUAGGGCGAGAUAACAGUAGUUACGGUCUCCCUCCGUGCCAGUCUCCUGAGUCCCGUGUCUUACUCGCACAUUCCCCCACACACCGCGCGGCAGGUAGCCUAGCUGUUAAGAGCGUUGGGCCAGUAACCGAAAGGUCGCUGGUUCGAAUCCUCGAGCCGGCAAGGUAGACAAAUCUGCCGUUCUGCCCUUGAGCAAGGCAAUUAACCCCCGACAACAACUGCUCCCCAGGCAUCGAUGAUGUCGAUUUAAAGGAAAGGUUCACCCAUUUUUUGAAUGUUAUUUUGUUUUUGUGCAUCUGAGUGAUGUUCUAUCGAUAUCCUGGGUCAUUUCAUGUUUUCAUGUGUAUCUGCGUUAUUGGGGUUCAAGCAGGCAGAAAUCCUGCCGGUUUGACGUAGCACCAGGAUAAAGUCGCUCUCACUACACUAGAAGUUAAUAGGAAUAUGACUUUUAGAUUGUGAAAACGUCUAUCAUGCAUGUCAGAUUUCAAUACGAUGUCAUAACUCUGAUGCCUUCUCUCGAGUGAGCCAUUGAUCAUAUUUUUUGCGAUAUUCCUACCUCGAGAAAUGUGUAAUUUAAUGGAGGGCAUUGCACAUUUUUCCUAUGUGUCUGCCUCUUUAGUCCAGGGUGCAUUGCAUGGUGCUGUUGCCAGAGAUAUUAUAGAAAGGAGAUAGGAAUCCAAUGAAGGAAUGUAUAACACCCACCCAGCAGACUGUCAACUAAUUGUGUUCACGUUGUCAUGCAGCGUCACGCGGUUGCUAAGCUAAUUGUCACGCAAUCCCUUAAUAUAAUAUAUAAUAUGCCAUUUAGCAGACGCUUUUAUCCAAAGCGACUUACAGUCCCUUCUCAAAGUCAGUGUAUAUGUCAAAGAACGUGCCUAUUUUCCUCGAAGGUACGUAAUUCACGAUUCCAAAGCUAUAUGAUACUACAGAUAGCACGAUAAUUAUCUCACAUCUUGUAAAAGAUUUGUAAUGUUGUACUUCUUGAUGAAAUUCGUGCUUAUGUUGGGUUUUUGAGCUAGCGCCCAAUAGACUCCCAUUCAUUCCUUGAAGGAGAAUGCUCCUUGCCCCUGAAUUGCCCAGAAUGCACUGCGCGGUCCAUUGAUGUAGCAUGGGCAACAUUUCCCCAUCUCCUCAAAAGUAUAUCUGCUAUUGCGAAUGUUAGACUCCACUCUGAGGCACAUUGAUCUGCAGGUUGAACAUGGUAAGAGUGCAGUUUGUUUAGGCAAUUUUAAAGCUAACUAGCUACGUUAUAUGCUGAUAUUGUCUUUGGUAUUAAUGUGUGUAGCUACGUUUGCUAGCUAGCUAGCCAGCCAGCCCAUAGAGAGAGCAAUGCAUUGUGGGAUUUUGUAGUUGACUUGAGCUGCAACAGAUUUCAACAAUGAUUUUCCAUGUUGCUACCAACCUUAUAACGCCAAAAUGAAAAAUGUGUUCACCAAAAAUAAAGGAAUUAGUGAUUUGGGGUGGAUUUUUCCUUUAAGGCAGCCCCUGCACCUCUGAUUCAGAGGGGUUGGGUUAAAUGCGUGAGACACAUUUCGGUUGAAUGCAUUCAGUUGUGCAACUGACUAGGUAUCCCCCUUUCCUUUCCUUAAUAUCCCUGUGCCUCACAUUUUAGAGCUGCGUUGAUGCUGCAGUCCUUUAAAGUGGUCUGCUGAUACUAGGGGGGCUCUCCCUGACCUUGCUCAAGGGCAGAACGGCAGAUCUUGCCGGCUCGGGGAUUCAAACCAGCGACCUUUCGCUUACUGGCCCAACACUCGCUCUGUGAUUUUCUCUUUGACUCUCCCUUUCUGUAAUGGUUCCGGUUUAAUAAAAUAGCAAAACAAUUGGCUUUUCUGCUGGUUCCCUCAUUCGCAUUGGACCGGUUGUCCUUUAGAUUCUUUCGGGCUUUAAAAAUGUAUUUAUGCAUAUUGGGUCCGGGGCUUUCUCGUGUCUAUUUCGGAACGGGAGCUCUAACUCCCAUCACAAUUGUCCUCAUCAUUCAGAUUAUUCAAAUUAAAUCAUGAAGUGUUAGAGGGGCAAUGGAGCGCUGAGUACAAGGCCAUUAGAGGGGUGGUAGGCUACCCAUCAGGGCCAUUCAUUUGCGCAGUUUUGGAUGGGAUUACCAUGACCAACGGUUACAGGGAAUUUGACUGCGGUUAUGACUGGUGACUGCCAGUGUGGUGGUAAUACAGUCACCGCGACAGCCCUAGGUAGACCAAAGACACAUUUCCAUUCUGUGUAAACUUAAUGGACAAUAGAAUGUUCUCAUCUUAGCUGUGAAGUCUAUGUAGUGUAAGAGAUGUAGCUCUUUGGGACUUGUGUAGGUUAACGGUGUUUGUUGCUCUCGUCUGUAGCACACAGACCUCGCUCCCCUCGGCAGAACAGCAUGGGCGGGGCCUCCCCUGGUCCCUCGCCCCAGACUGGGUCCGCUUCCGUGGAACCUGUUACCACGCCAAUGUCAGCUUCCUCACCCGCUGCUGCUAGCCCCGCCCCCAAUAUGGCUGCCACCUCAGUAGAGGGUAAGUCUGUUUGCCACCAACAUCCAUACUCCUAUUUUUUUUCUGGCUGUAUGCUCUGAAUCAGCGUCAAACUUAAGAAUCUGUCACUUUUUCAUAUUAAAAGCAGGCAAUAGAGCACCGUCUGAAACAAGGCACUUGACGAUACAAAUGACUUCUUUCCCCUUCUUUCUUCCCUUAAUAUAGUGAAAGAUUCUCGGAUCCAGGAGACGAGACAGAACUCUCCUACGGCCAACAAGGAGAACGUGAAACCCCUGGAGAGCCCCCCUAGUAUCAGCAGACCACUCUCUAAAGGUCUGCAGCAUGGAUGCAGCUCACAUUUUAGGCGGAUUCAAUUGUAUUGUCUCAAAUGCAACUACAUUUCUGUAUUGGUGAAAUUAUCGAUGUCUCUCACUCUCUCUCUGUAGGACCCCCCUCCAUGGCACCAGACCACAGAAAACAAAUAGACAACUUAAAGAAAUUUAGUGUAGAUUUUAGGGUAAGUUAGGUGUCCUCACUGUCAUGCAUUUAUGUAAGUCACAGAAAUUGUCAAAGUAUCUUCGUGUUAGUACAGCCAUCUAAAACUCUGUCAUCUCGUUCUCGCUCGGUCUCUCUCACAGUUGCAGUCCAGCUCUAACCCAGACCCACAGUUUCAGCAGAUGAUGACUAAGCCUCCGCGGGACGCAGGAGAGAAGUCCAAGGAGCUUCCUCUGGACAAGGGGUCGGAGGAGGGCCCAGUGGUCCCCGCCGGGGGCAACAAGCCAGACAGCCCUGGCACACCAUCCUCUACCCUCUGUCCCGCCCCGGAGCAGAACAGGGGGCCUGACGUGACCUCGCAGGGCGUCCAGACGUCUGCACCCACCUUCAGCGGAGGAGCCAAGCUUGAAGACAAGGAAGAGGAUGAUCCAGAGUGAGUGUCGUGGCCAUGCAUCGGUUCCAUUUGAGUUGGUGUUUGAGAGUGGGCCUUUUUGAGGGCAGUUACAAAUGAAGGAGUGCAGCUUUAAACAACAGCCGACCUGAGAAAAAUUGAUCAUCCUGGAACUCUAGCGUUGCAGAAUAAAUGAUUUUCUGUCUUAUGUUAAUGUGUUCUUUUUUUGCGCUCCGCAGUCAAAUCAGAAAGUCGACUCUCAAUCCUAAUGCCCACGAGUUCAAACCCAGGGUCUACACUCCUCAGGUCAGUUUGACUCCCCUCAUAGGCUACCUCAUCUGUUUCUGCUGUUUGACAUCUCUGCUUGAGACCAAUAUUCCUUUUGAAGACGUAAAGACUUUGUUUGUAAUUGAGAAGACCUUGUAAUAAAGUUUCUGUGUGUGGAUGUGCAGCCCAAGCCGGCCACCACCCCGACCCCCCCUCGGCCCCAAGGCCAGCCCAGCCCCUCCAUCAUGGUGCAGCAGCCUCAACAGGUCUACAGCCAGACGGUCUGCUUCCCCCAGAUGUACCCUCUGACCCCUGUCAGCCCUGGAGUCCAGGUGAGACCACACCCCUGCAUGCCCCCACAACUCUGGCAACUCAGAAGAAUAAUACUUGUGGAAGCUGAGACAUCCCCAUGAAAUUAUAUAAUUGGUGUAUGAUUGGCAUGCAGAGUUGCUAAGCAGCAUGGAAGAUGGUCCUAAACUAUUUAGUUGACCCUCCUUUCACCUCAUCCCUCACUUAUCUCCUGCGCUCUGUCUCUCUCUGUGUGUGUGGUACAACAAGAAGGAACACAGGGUUUUUUCUGCGUAGGAAAGCCUUGGGCGGGCUGACUAAGUGUUUUUUUUCGGGCCACUUAUGUCCAAACAGUGUAAAAAAAAUAAAAAAUACAGGAAAAUGUUUUCAAUGUAAACUUAAACAACUAAAACCAGAUAUAAAGUACAGUAUGUAGAAACAAUAAUGGACCUCCUAUAUAUAUUUAAAAAAUAAGUCUGACAGUCGGGGAGAAUCAAAUUCCCCAAAUGAUGCAUUCAGGAGUAUCUUUGUCAUGGCAUCGGGCCCACAUUGAUUUUGUUACGUUUGAGUCACUCAAAUACCAUAAGCCAUGGCAAGAUGUGUAGACUGCAGUAAAUUAGCUAUAUAACAGCUACAUUUUGUCAUUGCGGCCAAUGGGACCAGUGACACGCCCACGCCCACCACCUAAGCUCCAUUUUUGACCCAGAAAAAACCCUGGAAUGUAUCAUUCUCAACCAAAGGAAUCACCUUUUGGUCUUUUGCUUCACUACUAUCAGUGUUUUGUAGUUUGGGGGUAUUUGUGAUCCAUCUGUCCUUGGAUAUGCAGUUGUGGCAUGCACAUGUUAGAGGACCCCUCUUCUUACUAUGGCCUGACUGGUCACUGUUGCACCAUUCCACAGCUGUUUACUCACUGUCUAAAGUCACCUAGAGUAGCCUACUGCUGCUUUGUAUUGGUUUGUGACAUUUCGGGAGACUUCAGGUGGGUUUGAGUCGAGCUUGAAUUGAGUAUCUUCUCUUUAAACAUUUUUUUUUAAAUUACUUCGGUGUACAGUAGCAUUGUCUUGAUGCUAGUACUGUUUUGGUAUAGGCCAGUUGGGAGUAAUGUAGAACUCGGGAGUGAAUGCAGAUUGUGAGACUAGUGAAUCCGUUGUGAACGAUGUAAUUGUGUGAUGGAGAUCUCUGAAGUCUGUACUUGCGCAGUCUCCAAAAGCACAAUCUGCCAAAUAGUGAUUUAUUGUAAUAAAAUCUAUUUUGGUCUUGAAGUUGCUAUAGGAAGUUGUUGGUGAUCCAACAGUCACAUGAGAGAGAAACAUUUCUAGUUAAAGACUAAAGAAUGGUGGUUUUGUUUUUUUUCUCCUUUUCCUCUCUCCAUUAGAAAAGCGUUAUCUGGAAGGUUUGUGCAUUUCUUAAGCUUUCUACUCUUUUCUUCCCUUUGAUGUUCUGCUUGCUUGAAAUUGUCCCAUCAGAUGUUGGUUUGCCAAUUUCUUAUUGCAGUUGUUUCCAGUUGUCAUCAUGAACAGGACGAGACCUCAUCUUUGUUUUAACAGCUUUCUUAGCUUGCUUUUGUUCAUUUUUGCCAACUAAUGAAGGAUCUCCCUGCCCUAGUAUUUUUUACCUUGACAUAAGACUGUCUUCAUUCUUAGUUUACAAACUCUGAAGAAAUGUAGAGCAAUUCUUGUCUUUGUAUGUGAGCAAAUGUUGCUAUUUGAUUAGCCUGCAUUAAUAAUUUUCAGAUGAGUGUAGAAUACGAAGUGCAUGGUUCAUAGUCAUCCUGGUUAAUAGGGGGGGGGGGGGCUAUUUUUACAUUUUAGUCAUUUAGCAGAUGCUCUUAUCCAGAGCGACUUACAGUUAGUGAAUGCAUACAUUUUCAUACUGGCCCCCCGUGGGAAUCGAACCCACAACCCUGGCGUUGCAAGCGCCACCAACUGAGCUACAGGAGUCCUAUGUUGGAGCCCAGUGUGGACAGACAAGUGUAUGCAUGUGACCUCUGGUACGAGACCAGCCAACUUUCCUCUCUUCAAGUCCACAAGGCAUGCUGUGAACAAGGGGAGUGGAUGGAUGAGGGGGUAGAAGUUGAAAGGGUAGGGGUCAAGAGGGGCUGAGAAAUCAAUGGAAGGUAUUAUGUAUCAGUGAGUUAAACCUGGUGUUCUUCUGAUCUUCUCUGCCAGUCUCCAGCCAUGUACCACGUCCAGAUGCCUCAUAUGACGGUGAGCCAGUCCAAGCCCUACAGACCAGGUAAAGGUGAGACUGCUCACUGGCAAUGCUGUCUCUGUCCCAUGUCUUCCCAGUCUUCAUCAAUAGCACAGUACAGCAGCCAAACUAACAGCCAAAGCCUGCUUCUUGGUAGGAGUCAGACAUGCUGCCCGCACGCAUGGAGACAAAGCUGUCUGGCAAACUCAUAGUAAAGAGAAUAAGACCACCUCAUGACUUUGUGCAGUUAAUUUGUUUUGUAGUCGUAACAGCUGGCAUGCAUCGGGUGAUGGCAGUGCUUAAUGCGUAGAGCAUUUGAUGGCGUUGUCUAGUCUGCUGGAGAGCCAAACAGCAACUCUGACUUACAGUGCUGCUGUGCUUUUGGAAAUCAACAUUUCAUAAGGUGCAUGCCAUCAUAGAUGGAUUUAGCACUGUAGACAUUUUAUUUUAAAAGGCUGCCCACCCAGAUAUCUCUCCUGUUAUUCUGGAUCUUAUGUUCUGAACGGUUGUUGUUGUUGUAUGCCACUGGCUGCUGCAGUACCCAACAUGCCCCAGCAGAGGUCAGACCAGCAUCACCCCCAGGGCACGCCCACCAUGAUGCACCCGGCCGCAGGGCCGCCCAUCGUGGCCCAGAGCCCUGCCUACUCAGCCCAGUACUUCACCUGCAGCCCACAGCAGUUUACCAGCCAGCAACUGAUGCCCCACUACCAGUCACAGGUAACAAUCUGUCAAAAUAACAACUGUACUCACUUCUAUGGACCAUGGAAAGAAAACCCUAAAGCUUGGCAGGGCUUGUAGAAGGUAUUCCAAUACUACUCCAAUGAGCGCAUGAAUGCCUUAAAAUCACACAUACACACAAGUGCAGGCAGUGAGUGUUCCUUGUCCCCCAGGCCCAGCAUGUGUUCAGCCCGGUGAUCCAGGGUCAGACCAGGAUGAUGGCCCCUCCCACCCACGGCCAUCCUGGCCAGCUGGUCUCCUCCACCACCCAGUAUGGUGAACAGACUCACACCAUGUACGGUAAGAGACCCCCCUGUGUGUGUCACACUCGAUUGUCAGACCAUAUUUCUACUCUUCCCACUAUCUGGUUGUGUGUCUGUGCCUCAUCUCAGCACCCAUAACCACAUCAGCUACUCUAUUUUGGUUCUGGGACCGGUUGUAGAGAGAUCUGUAAUAGGUUUGCAUAGCCACUCUAAUUCCAUUUAAAAGCAUAAAUGAUGUGCAAUAAACGUUAGAUUAUUUUAUUUUGGCAAAGCAAACUGUUCUGUUGUCGGUCUCUGUAUAUUCUGUCUGGUUCAUGACAAUAACCCAGUCUUUGUUUUGGGGUUCCAGUGUCACAAGGCCCAAUGCCGCAGCAGUACGCCCACCCCAACGCCACCCUGCACCCCCAGCCCUCGGCCACCCCCACAGGCCAGUCCCAGCAGGGCGUGCAGCACAGUGGCAACCACCCGGCCCCCAGCCCGGUCCAGCAGCACCAGGCCCUGCACAUGGGCAACCAGCCCCAGCAGCAGAUGUACCAGGCCCUGGCCCCGACCCCACCCUCCAUGACCCCGGGGCCCAACCCCCAGUCCCCCCAGGGCAGCUUCCCCUCGGCCCAGCAGGCUGUCUACCUCCACCCCCAGCAGAUGCAGCACGGCUACAACCCCUCCCACAUGGCCCACAUGCAGCAGGUGAGCUCCACCUUCAGAAGCCCUUCCCUUCACCCUGAGUACAUACUAUAUGAGCAGGUUAGUGGUCCCAGGAACAAAAACACAAAUCACUUUAAUGGAAUCAGUCAGUAACAGCUGUAUGCAUCUCUUUCUACUAAUGUUCUUUCUUUCUUUCUCUGUCUUGGUCUCUUCCUCCUCAGGCCCAUAUCCAGUCUGGGAUGGUCCCCUCCCACCAUGGCAACCCUGGCCACCCUCAGAUGAUGCUUAUGGCCACCCAGCAGCAAGGUGGCCCCCAGCCCCAACUCCCCCAGAACGCCCUCAACCCCAUCCCAGUGUCCUCCACUACGCACUUCUCUUACUUGGCACACCCCCAAGGUACGUCCCUACGUCACCCCAUCCCUACAUGCCUCAGGGGCAGGACUCCUCCAAUCACCUGACCGAGGUCUUUACUGCUUGUUUAACUAAACAUUACAGUACAAGUCUUAAGUUGGGGCAAACGGGUUGUUCAUCGUAUCAAUGUUUGAUUCCAUUUUCCCAGCCUUGUUGCUAAUUAUCAAUUUGGCUUAAAACUGAAAUGAAUGAAUGUAAUAAGUGCUGACAUGCAACUGGAUGUAAUCAAACCACGACCGGCCAAUUUCAAUGAUUUGCUCCAUUUUGUGUUUUGUCCCUGCAGUGCAACAACACCAUCAACAGCAGCUGUAGAGGGUGCUGUGGAGAACAUGGACCCCUCUACCACCCUCGCUCUCUAAGAGUCUUCACACAAAGAGAAGAAGCCACACAGCUCUCAUCAUGCUACAUGUGCUUUCCUCUCCCAGUCAGAAAGUUCAACAGGUUGUUGCAGUGGACAGAGGUUUUAUUGGUUUAGAGUUCUGCUAAUAACAGAAAGGACUCCUCACACUUCCCCACACACACCUUAAACACACCUGCAGAGGGUCCCUAAGUGAAACUUGAUUCGGCUUGCCAAUUAAGAUUUGAGAACGUAAAAAAAGAACUGGAACUUGCAUUUUGUCUGCACCUUGAUAUGAAAAUUCUUCCAACUUGGACAGUAUUAACGUGACUGUUUAAUUGCUGCUACUAUUGCUGCGUUCAAGACUUCAGAACAGGUUCUAACUAAACUAAAACAAAUUAAAAUCUUCCUGUAAUUAAUAACAAGUUUGGCCUAAAGAACAGAAGUAUAAUUUAUGAAUUAAGAUGGCUAAGGUGAUCCCACUUCUCACCUGACCAUUAUGUAACUUAAGUUAAAAUACAUUUUACUUUGUAGAUAAUAUAAAUUAAAAAAAUUAGGAAAUAAAAGUUUUAAACUGGG